GAUUCAGUAACUCGAAGAACGCUUUUAGGGAACUACAUUUCUGUUGCUGUGAAAUGUUCCUGAUUAUCCUUGGACUGGUGGCUUUAUGGUUUCUCUUCCGCUGGUAUAGGGAACUCGCAAGAGUACCGAAUAUAAGAGAGAAAUAUGUCUACAUAACUGGCUGUGACUCUGGGUUUGGGAAACUUCUGGCUAAACAUCUGGACAAGCUGGGCUUCCGUGUGAUUGCAGCCUGCUACACUGAGAGGGGUGAGGAAGAACUAAAGAAGGUCUCUUCUGAACGACUGAACACAGUCCACCUGGAUGUCGUCAGCACUGACAGUGUCAACAAAGCGACAGCAUUCAUCAAAUCCUUGGUUGGGGAGAAGGGUCUAUGGGCUGUGGUGAACAAUGCUGGAGUCUCUGUACCAUCUGGUCCCUGUGAAUGGAUGACUAUUGAAGACUACAAGUCCAUGCUGGAUGUGAAUCUCAAUGGGGUCAUUGGCGUGACGUUGAGCGUCCUGCCCCUCAUUAAGAAGGCUAGAGGCAGGGUGGUGAACGUGGCCAGUGUGUUUGGGAGGAUAAGUGCGUUCGGGGGUCCGUACUGUGUCUCUAAGUUUGGAGUGGAAGCUUUUAACGACAGUCUAAGAAUGAACAUGGCAGCAUUUGGUGUCAAAGUCCUGUGUAUUGAACCAGGGUUUUUCAAAACAAGUGUGACUGACAUACAUCUCCUGAGGUCAAAUUUGAAGAACUUGUGGGACAAACAGCCAGAUGAUAUCAAGGAGCAAUAUGGUCAUGACUACCCAGAGAGGGCGAAUGUGACUUUGGAGAAGAAUGUUGUGAAGUGGCUGGAUGCGGACCUGAUGAAGGUUGUGAACUGCAUGGAGCAUGCCAUCUCGGCAGUCCACCCUAGGACUCGCUAUUCACCUGGCUGGGAUGCCAAGUUUGUAUGGUUGCCACUGUCUUACCUGCCAUCUUGGUUUUCAGACAAAAUGCUCCUCAAAGAUUUAGCCAAGCCGAAGGCAUCUAUCCAUUAAUGUUAAUUAAUUUAAUUUACUGAAAUUAGAAAUAAUUCUUCAUUCACACUAACGGUAGUGCAAGGAAAGUCAAUUUUUUAUCAUUGGAAAAUGUGAUUCAGCCAAUGAAUAAAAAUAAACACACAUUUUCAAUC